CAUUUCUUCCUCACAAAGAGAUUUUACACCGUAAGGUUUGGAGCUGCUGGUCACACGUGAGCAGACAUGCAGGUUAAAGUGCUGCUCUUCAAUACUCUGGAAGAGCUGAUCGACGAUGAUUUAAAAACCUUUCAGUGGUACUGCACAAUGGACAUCUUGGCCGAAUGUAAACCAUUUCCGAGGUCACGUCUGGAGAAAGCGUGCCGGAUUGUAACUGUGACUAAGCUGACAGAGAGCUACGGUGAAGAGUUGGCUGUGCGCCUCACUGUUGAGAUCCUGAAGAAGAUGACAAUCAACGAUUUAGCAGAGACGUUGAGGAGCAAGUAUGCUGAGAGUAGACCAGCUGCUCCCUCCACCUCCUCCUCUGCUCAGAGCCCCUCUGCUGCUGCUGCUGCUGCAGCUCCUGCAGCCACAAUAUCAGCUCAGCAAGGAGCUAUUCUCGUCGCCCCGAUGAUCAGCAGCAGCACCACUGGACCACUGAAUGUAACCAUCCACAACUAUAAAUAAACACAUGAAAUACACCAAGAUAACUAUAACAGGUGGGGCAUUAUAUGAUUAUAUUAUUAUUAUUAUUAGUUUUUUACCAAAUACAAUUACAUGAUCCAUGUAGCAUGGAAACCUACAGAUCUACAUGUGGGAGACCUUCAGAUGUUUAUGUACUUUUUUAAAUAACAGCUGCCAGCCAAUUAAAAUGAGGUAUUUUCUCAUGACUGUAUAAUCGUCUGUGGUAACACUUGACAUUUCACUUCCACUGUUUAGUCAGAGUACGCUCGAUACAGAUAUUUAUAACACAUUUUAGCGAAUUUGUCAACAGAUAUGAGGGCGUUUAAAAUGUGUUUUUACGGUACAGAAUUUGCUAUAAUGUCUCCCAUUAAGACAUAGUUUGUUAUCACUGUAGCUGUGCUUUACUGUAUUUUCUUUUCAUACACCUAAAUGCUAAACAGAAGAACUUAAUGUGAAGUACUGUGUGUUUAACCUCCUCCAUCAUGCAGAUGUCUGUACAGGGACCACGUUUUAUCCGUCAGCAGGCUGCUUGGUACCACUAAGAAUAAAACUGACGUAGCAUCCCUUCAUGUCUGAUUGCUGUAUGGCUGCUUUUUGCUCUAUAGAGUUUUGAUUAGAUGAAAAUCAAUGUUAUUUUUUUCUAGAAUUUUUCAAAGAGGGGAGAAAUAAAUCUGUGGGGUUGUUCAUUUAGAUCUUACAGUCUUGCAGCUGUUACUGGCUAAAUCUGGAGACAUUUUUUUUUUUUAGAAGUGGAAAUGUUUGUAUGAAGAAAAAGACUAGAAACUACAAUAACAUACAAAACACCUCUUAAGCCUUUCUAUUGUAGUUUUGAGCACUUCUCUGUCUGUAUAUGAGGUCAUCCAAUAAUGACCAUGAGUGUUAUGUGAUGCGACACAAUGUAAUGUAAAACUAUUUGUUGCUGGAUCACAAAAAUGUGACAUGACUUGAUAUGAGCCACAGUCUCAGUGUGAAACCACUUCUGAAAAUGAAGCAGGAUGUAAAGUUUUUCUUUGACUUCUCUAUUUUUAGCUUGAAGUUGUUAGUUUCUAUCUGACUUUUAUUAUAUUUUUUAUGUGCAUACUUUGUACCUUUAAAAAUCCUUAUUCCUCCUGCA